AGUGCUGCUUGCACUCCAACAAACCAUCUGACAUCCACUGCACAGUUUGCAGGAUAAAAAGGCUUCGCGCGCUCUUGGAUCUGCAGCAAAACAAAACACAAACCAAGGACGUUUUUCUUCUGCACGCCAAGAGAGUUGGAGAUCUGCAGGUAAUUCCAGUGCCGCUCCGACGGUUCGUCGACAUGCUGGGGAUCUGCGUCUUUCUUUGUGCGCUUCUCACACACGUCCUCUCUCAGGAGGCUGAGGAGCCCAUCUCCUACACAUGCACAGAAGGGUAUGAAUAUGACCGUGUGAGGGAACAGUGCAGAGACAUCGACGAGUGUACCUUGUUAGAUGAUGCUUGCAAAGGGGGGAUGCAGUGUAUUAACCACUUCGGUGGGUACCUCUGCCUCCCCAAGAGCGCCGUCAUCUAUAUCAGUAAGGACGGUGAGCAGGUGCCACUGCCAGAUCCUGUCCCCCCUGUUCCUCCAGUCCCACCAAGCCUACCACACCUCCCACGGGUGUUGCCAGGUGGCAGGAUCUCUCAGCCUAGCCGGACCAUUCGUUGUGCACCCGGAUUCACUGCAGAUGACCAGAACCUAUGCAGAGACAUAGACGAAUGUGCGACAAGCAGACACACUUGUGGCCCUGAACAGACUUGCUACAACACCAGAGGCUCCUACACCUGCCAGUGUCCUACUGGCUUCCAAAGGAAUGGAGACCACUGUGUAGACAGAGAUGAGUGUGCCCUGACACACUACUGCAUGCAUAAUUGUGUGAACACCCAAGGCUCUUACUAUUGUGAGUGCAACGCAGGUCACAAGUUAGCCAGCAACAACCACAGCUGUGUUGAUGUGAAUGAAUGUGAUGUGCAGACUCCCUGUCAGCACCACUGCUACAACCUGAUUGGCUCAUUCCUUUGCCAGUGUGACCAGGGCUAUGAGCUGGCCCAAGACAUGGUCUCCUGCCAAGACAUUGAUGAAUGCAGCUUCUCCAGCUACAUGUGUCAGUACCAGUGCAAUAACAGUCCAGGCAGCUACUCCUGUGAGUGUCCAGAAGGAUAUCAGCUCCAGGGGAAUAGGUUAUGUCAAGACAUAAACGAGUGUGAGACGGGGACCCAUAACUGCCAAGAUGAUGACAUGUGCUGGAACUAUUAUGGAGGCUUCCGCUGCUAUCCUAGAGACCCCUGCGAGGCGCCUUACACCAAAACCUCUGAAAAUCGUUGUAUCUGUCGGUCUCAGACUGAAUGCCAGGGUCUCCCUCCAUCAAUUGUCUACAAGUACAUGAGCAUCCAGGCAGACCGUACUGUGCCAGCGGACAUCUUCCAGAUCCAAGCCACCAACAUCUAUGCCAAUACACACAACACCUUCAGGAUCAAAGCUGGGAAUGAGGGUGGGGAAUUUUUUCUUCGGCGUUCCAGCAAUGUGAGUGCCAUGCUGGUGCUAACCAAGCCUCUGUCAGGCCCGAGGGAGUACAUUGUGGACCUGGAGAUGAUCACUCAUCAUCUGACCAUGAACUACCGCUCCAGCUCACUGCUGCGACUCACCAUCAUAGUGGGGCCCUAUGCCUUCUGAGCUCCGCAGCUCCCAGCAGCCUAACAUAAGUCUGGUUCAGCAAACAUAACAGUGUAACACAGCAGAUGCCUGUAUCAGCAUAACAUACUGUACAUUUUCAUACAUUACAUGCAUACAACAUAUAACAGAGGCUGUCCCAGGUCAGCAGCACAGCACUUACAAUAGGCUUGCUCAUGACAGUCUAGAUGACGCUGUAAUGUGACCACUGGGCAUCUUUUUCUAUCAAGGCGCAGGAAGCAUUAUAAUGUUUUCUAUCAAGGUGCAGGAAGCAUUAUAAUGAAUAGUUUUAGGGUUCAAGCACUUAACAUCUAUAAAGUUGAAACAUUUUUGACUUUAAGUGCCUGAAGUGGAUCCAAGAAAGGCAGAAAAAGGUGCUGGAUUCAGCAUUUUCACUUGUAGUACUUGUUUGCUGCAUUUGUACAAAAAAUUGGGAACAGAGUAAUGGCACUCAGAAAAAGAGGCCUAGUGGACACACAUCCUAACUGUGAUGAAUUUUUGAUGCAGCUGUACCUACAUUUAUCACUUUGUUCAGACCACAACUGCUUACAGUAAACCUGUGUGUGCAUCAAUGAAGCACUCUUUUAUAAGUAAGAGGGGGGGAAAAAAUAAAAUAUUUUCUAUAUAAAUGUACAUGAAAACUAUCCAGUAUGAGCAGCUUUUGAGGCAAAAUCAUUUACAGACCUUUUAAAUCACAGCUUCUGUUGAAAAAUGUUGUAGGGGUUAGUGCUGCUGCGCCAUGCUAUUCAUGCAAGUUUGUGUAUAGUUUUACUCAUGAGUAAUAAUUUCCAAAGAAGUCCAGAACAGUUCAGAAGUGUAAAGGGAGGGAAUUUGCCAGUGAGUUGAGUGAGUACUAAACUUUGUACGACAACAGGCUUGAUGCUCAUAGACUUUGCUCCCAGGAGUGAAGUCAUGUACAUACCUAGGUAACAAAUCUGUGUGUUGUGUGUGUGUGUGUGUGUGUGUGUGUGUGUGUGUGUGUGUGUGUGUGUGUGUGUGUGUGUGUGUGCGUGUGCGUGCGUGUGUGUGUGUGACUGCCUUUUUUAAUGCAUGCAAGCAAGUGGAAGUGUGAUACACAGAGGGAGAGAGAGAGGGAAAGAGUGAGAAAGAGCUUGUUCGCUGCCCUGGGUUUCUGUGGAUGUGGUUGAGCUGUUUAUGUGUUUCUGUGAUGCAGUCUUAACAGCCCUCGGUCAGAGAGGCAAUAACAGUGAGCCUCGAACUCAAGAACACGCACAGGAAAUGUCGGCUUUCAUAACACACCUUGGCAUGAUGCACUUCUGUGCUUGCUUAAAGCCGACUGACCGCUUCACUGGUGCCACAGUUAUUCUCCAGAGGAACAGCUGGGCCUUCUAAUGUCGGUCCCAGGCAACAAGUCACACUGGCACCAGGCUGACUUGCGUGAUUGAGAUAAUUACAGUGCUUUGCCCUGUAGCUGGUGCAUGUGGGACACAGGGGAUUAUUAAAGUGUUAAUACAAUGCCACCACACUUUUGGCAGAAAUCUUUCACUACCUGCUUUUGCCUUUCAUGACUCCAUGUGUCUAUUCUGGCUUAUUGCUGAAACACUGUACACUGUGAACACGCAGCACUGAAAACCACAUUAACCAGUGCAGUAUGUUAUUGGACUCGUCACCACUUUUUUGUGCAGAACAGUACAGAAAGUUAUCCAUCUUUCAUGUGGUUUCAGCCGUAGUGCCUUAGAGGUAUAAACACAAACAAUAUAACACUAAUCUAAUCAUUCAUGCUGUCAAGACUUCCUUCAAUGAAAUGCCUAAUGUUUUUUUUCCUCUUCUAUUUAAAAUAUAUUUUUUCAUAUGUAUCUUAUAUUGAUUGUACUCUGAAGAGCAAAAGUUAUAUUGUUGAAUAAAAUAUGAUGGAUAAAUGGGA